AUGAGUGGUGACAAUAGUGUGGCAACGACGAGAGCACCGCUCAAGCUGCCCUAUAAAGACGAACCCAAAACUAGAUUGCAGCUACCCAACACCAAAUCUAAACGUAUUGCUGUUGUUUUGGUUUUAAUACCGGCUUUUGGGGUUGAAUGUUAUGUUCCGCUGCUGAUUUUGAAAAUUCAUAUGGGUUUUGGCACAGGGAUACCUGGCGAUGGUAGGUGUUUGUUCCGUUCGGUAGUUCAUGGAGCUCAUUUGAGAGAAGGAAAGCCGGCUCCAAGCGAAAGUCAUGAAAGAGAACUUGCUGAUGAGCUUAGAGCAAAAGUUGCCGAUGAAUUUAUCAAGAGGCGGGCAGAUAGUGAAUGGUUUGUCGAAGGUGAUUUUGAUGCUUAUGUUACACAGAUGCGACGACCCCAUGUCUGGGGAGGGGAACCUGAGCUGCUCAUGUCGUCACAUGUUCUACAGGUACCCAUAACAGUUCACAUGUUGGAUAAGAGGAGUAAUUGCCUCAAAAUUAUAGCUGAAUAUGGGCAAGAAUAUGGGAAGGGAAAUCCAAUUCGUGUGCUGUAUCAUGGUUAUGGUCACUAUGAUGCAUUACAGAGCCCUUUGGUGGUCCAAAGUCAAAACCGAACUAGAAAAGGUGGAAGGAACUAACAUAACGUAGUUAUUUUAUUACCUAAAUGAUCUUUCAAUUAAAAUUUCUUCAGGCUAGUGAAACUUCAUUGUUUUGGCUCUCCCCAGCACCAGGCUAUUCUCCCUUCAAAGAAGAGAGUGAAAAUUUGCAAAAAGAAAAGGAGAUUGCUUUCUAAUUCCUAGAAAUCUAAAACUAUCAUGUUCUCAAAUUGUUUAUUUGUAGCCUGAACCAGCCAAUUUCAGCUAUUGUGGUUGGUGUUGCAGAGUCGGGGAUUUAAAAUUCUUAUGAGGACCAUCGUGUAAUUGAUUUCUUACAAAUAUAUAGACUUGGAUAAAGUGAAUAUGACAUAUUAAUGCUAAUUGUUUCAUUAGAAAGA